AUGCAUCACUCAGCUUUAUUUUUUUUUGUUUUAUCAGAGACAUCUGAAUGUUUUCUUCUGACAGUAAUGUCCUAUGAUCGCUAUCUAGCUAUUUGUUAUCCUUUGCAUUAUGUCUCCAUUAUGAGUCAAGUUCUUUGCAUUACAUUUGUUGUUGUAGCCUGGCUGUUAAGUAGCUUUUUAACAUCUUUUAUAAUACAUGGUGUGUGUUCAUUAGAAUUUUGCGGGCCAAAUAUUAUUGACCAAUUCUUCUGUGAUUUUUAUCCUGUGCUAAAACUUUCCUGUUCAGACACAUCCAUGGUACAGAUGGAGUCCACCUUGCUUUGUACUGCUGUCAUAGCCUUGCCAUUCCUCUUGAUAGCACUCUCAUAUAUAUACAUUGCAUUAACCAUAUUAAAGAUAUCAUCAAGUUCAGGAAGACUGAAAUCCUUUUCUACUUGCAGCUCCCAUCUGACAGUCGUGUCUAUAUUUUAUGGGACUCUACUCUCCAUGUAUGUCCUUCCAAAUGAAGGACAGUCACAGCAUGAAGAGCAGUCACAGAUGAUCAGCAAGAUAUUGACUUUGUUGUACACGGUGUUUACUCCAUUUUUAAACCCUUUUAUAUACAGUUUGAGAAAUAAAGACAUCAAAAAUGCUUUGGGGUAUAUAAUGCAUACUAAAAAAAGUCUAGAACGUCAAUGUUAA